UUGAACUUAUUUACUGUUUAUAUUAAACGUGCUUGCUCUUAGAAUUCGUUGGUUCGUACACUUCAACGCUAUGAUACUACGUUAUUUUGUUCGUGUGAACGUAGAUAACCUGCGGGUGUCCAGUAAACGAUUAUACGCUGGAAUACAUCAAAGGGCUCCGGUGAUUAAACUUCCUACACAGCGUUUAAAUGAUCUGAAAAGUCGCCUUUGCGAAGAUCCACUUCCGUCGGCAGCCGAAUGGGGUAACAUUCGAAAGAGCAUACUAGACGAACGGCGUUUUACCGCUGCUAACGUAGACAGCACGGUUUUGGGACUUUGCGGUUCGCUGGAAUGUGGAAAGUCCUACGUGGCUUUCUUGCGAUCGAAAGGUUACACACUGAAUUUGGCAACGAUGGGUAGAUUAUUGAGACUGUACCGCGUACAGAGCAACGAUGCUCAACUACAAGAAAAGGAGUUGGAAGAAAUUUUGACUAUUCAUGCAGAACUCAAGCAAAACAAUUCUAUGUUAGAUUCUACAACUUGCGCAAACCUGAUUGGAGCUCUAACGCUAACGGACAAAUGGCGCAACUCUUUUGAACUUCUAGAUAUGAUCAAACUUACUGGAACUCCGGAUAGCGCUACUUAUAACUUCCUAGUACAAAAAUGUUUUCUCAGUGAAGACGCUGAAACGGCGUGGAACUUACUAGAGGAACAGACAGCCAACAAUAGAAUUCCUAAUGAAGAUGUGUACCUCGCAUGGAUUAGCUCCAGUUUGAGUAAAAAACGGAACAUAAUUUCAGAGAUUGUACGAAUGCUUUCGUUCACUAGCUCGAAGUCCCUUUUUCUACCAAAGCGAGUUGCAACUGUUUUAAAACAAUUACCUCCUGAAUCGGGAAUAAGUGCAUUUGAUACCAGAAUAACAGACUACGGUAAAUGUUCACAUUGUAAGUCCACCAUUGCUAGUAUAGCAGUUCCAGAAGCAUCAUUCCUUGCGCUUCGUGAUGCCUUCGUCCAAGCUGUGAUAGUUAAAAAAGAAAUAUUCAACAAUACAACUCCAGAGGAGCUGCAACGGUUUCAGCGGUUUGUCAAACAAACAAAACCUUAUGACAUUGUGAUUGAUGGCUUAAAUGUGGCACUGUCCACUGGUAAUCAGAAGUCUCCAAAUAUUUACGCUAUGCAAAUAGCAGCUGUAGUUCGUCAUUAUGUUCAAAGGAAGAAGCGAGUACUUGUUAUCGGCCGACAGCACAUGAAUCGCUGGCGAUCCAAGGAUAUGAAGUACAUUCGCGAGAAAGCUUACCUUUUUCUGACGGAAGAUCUUUCGCAGGACGAUCCGUUUCUUUUGUACGCAGCUCUGGAAAGCGGUUCUCACACGGAUUUCUUUUCGCGGGAUCUAAUGCGAAAGCAUUCAUUCCAACUGGGAAAUGGGCUAGGCACGGUGUUCAAGAAGUGGCAGCAACAGCACCAGUAUUCGUUGCUAACUAUCACCCCCGAGGGAAGGGUGUUGGUAAAGUCACCCUUUCAGUACGAGCUUUAUGCCCACCCUUUACCGGAUAAUCCAAAGGUUUGGCAUGUGCCAUUGGUGGAAGACUGUUUAAAGAUAGCUAAAAUCGAAAAGCAACCUGAGUGGUUGUGCCUCAAAUUAAGCUAGGUAUAAAC